AAGAAUGUACCUAAGAUGAUCUUAAAUAUGAGAACGGACUAUGAAUACCGGCCACAGACUAUAUUUGCCAUGCUAUGGUGCGGCCUCUCGAAUUUUUCGUCGCGAACGCGACGCGCUUUCCGGCAAAAGGGCGAUCACGUUCUCGAGGGCGCGCGUGGGAUCGAGCCCAACGGAAUAUCACCUCGAUCGUUCGCGACGCCCGAACGCCGAGCGAAACGGAGAAGAACGGAGCCGUCGGCAGCGAGAGAGGAGGCAGCCGGCGCCGCAUCGGUCGGCGUUACAACGUGGAAGAGAUGCUUAACCGGUUCGGUGCCGAGGGAACCAGAAGGGCCGGUACUCACGACGGAAAUACCGGGCCCGCGGUCGCGCAGCCUGCUGCAGGAAUUGAAUGCGAUACAACAAGCGUCUUCCGUACAAUUCUUCGCAGACUAUGAAAAAUCCGCCGGUAAUUACAUAAUAGACGUUGACGGGAACACGUUGCUGGACGUUUAUAUGCAAAUCUCAUCAAUGCCCCUAGGGUACAAUCAUCCGGCGAUGUUGGAGGCUCUCGCCGAUCCCGUUAAUCAAAAAAUUAUAGCGAAUAGACCUGCGUUAGGUGUUUUUCCGGGAAAAGAUUGGCCCAAUAGAUUAAGAGAUGUUCUGCUGACGAAAGAGUUUGCACCACCCGGAUUAACGCACAUCACAACAAUGAUGUGCGGCUCUUGCUCCAACGAGAACGCAUUUAAGAACAUUUUUAUUUGGUACGCCGAGAAACAGAGGCAAGGGACGCCGUUCACGAAGGAAGAGAUGGAGUCGUGUAUGAUAAACGAAAAUCCUGGCUCGCCGCGAUACUCUAUUAUGUCCUUUAAGGGUGGCUUUCACGGAAGAACCUUAGGUUGCCUCUCAACGACUCACAGCAAGUACAUUCACAAGAUGGAUAUACCGGCUUUUGACUGGCCUACCGCCUCCUUUCCAGAGUACAAAUAUCCUUUAGAAGAGAACGCGCGAGAAAACAAGGAGGAAGAUAAGCGUUGCCUCGCGGAGGUCGAGGAGCUAUUCGAGAAGUACAAAAACGAAAAGAAAAUGCCAGUGGCUGGCGUGAUAGUUGAGCCUAUUCAAUCGGAAGGCGGCGACAAUCACGCGUCGCCGGAAUUCUUUCAGGAACUUCAACGCGUGACGCGAAAGCACGGAGCCGCGUUACUUCUCGACGAGGUGCAAACCGGUGGCGGACCAACGGGGAAAAUGUGGUGCCACGAGCACUUCAAUUUAGACGCCCCACCCGACGUGAUGACUUUCAGCAAGAAAAUGCAAUUGGGCGGCUAUUAUCACUCGGCGGAUCUCAAGCCGAAACUGUCAUAUCGUGUGUUUAACACUUGGAUGGGCGAUCCCAGCAAAGUGAUACUGCUCGAAACGAUUCUAAAGACGAUCAAGAAGGAGAAUCUUUUGGAUAGAGUUACGCGCGUUGGCAACUACGUAUUGAAUCAUUUGAUGGAUAUACAAAAAGAGCAUUCCAAUGUAAUUAACGCAGUGCGCGGCCGUGGAACUUUCAUUGCGUUUAAUUGCGCCUCGCCUGAAAUGCGAGACAGCAUCGUCAAGAAACUCGCGACGAAAGGUAUCCAUUCAGGAGGAUGCGGCAAUCAGGCCGUGCGGUUCAGGCCUGCGUUGACCUUCACAGAGCGUCACGCCGAUAUAUUUCUGGACGCGCUUCGUUCUAUUUUAAAAAAAUAAGAAUAAUCUUGGCAAUUUCCUGUGUCUUCGAAAUCAGAUGUCUUCCAUUAUAAAAUGUUCGCAGAGAUAUACGAAGUCUAUAAAUAACUAUUAUUUUUCUAUGGCAGUUAUAUUGUGGGGAUAGUCUAUGAAAAACGACGAGUUAAUAACAAUAUAGCACGACAAACUAAUCAACUUGAUUGUCUUGUGUACAUACAUACAUCGUUCGAUAUACGUUCGAGAAAAUGUACAAAGUUAUGAUAGGAAUGCAUUCCUUGACGAAUGUACAACAGAAAGAUAUUUUCAGUAUAAAUUUUCACAUCGAUUACUUACAUAUUUCGUGCUUUGAGCAAGAUUUGCUAUAGUUUGUAAAAUAUACUACGUGCUUAACAAUUAAUUGCUAUAAUUUAUAUUUUAUUUUUCUGCUGUUGUUUGUUCAUUGGCUCGACUGAUAUAAUCAGAAAUAUUAUUGCACAAUUACAAAGUGUCUUCCAAAAGAACUGCCAAUAAAAAAAUGUUUGAGCCGUG